AGUCGACGGAUGCCCGUACUCUAGGAAGAUGGCGUCCUUGGAUGCUGCACUGGGAAGUGUGUCUCAGUUGGAAGCUUUAGACCUGCCAGACGAACAGCCUAACAUUGAAGCUGCAACGUUAUCUAUAGUCUACGAUGUAAGUUUUGACUCAAACUUCGAAGACCGCACAGCUUUCGUGACAGGAGUAGCCAAAUAUAACGAAGAAGCCACUGUCCAAGCCAGUCUGAAUGAAAUAUUAGAAGAAGGCGAGAAACACGCGUCUGUGAUUUACACGUGGCGGAGCUGCUCUCGUGCUGUACCUACUGUGAAAAGUGAUGACCAAGAGAAUCGCAACGAAAUCUACGAGAGAACUGUCGAGGUUCUUGAACCGGAGGUGUUGAAGCUGAAAGAUUUCCAUCGCUUCUCAGAAAGUGCUAUUGACCGCUUUGUAGACGAAGUCAAACGUUUGGCUCAUGAGAAUAAGAGAAAGGACUUUUUAUCUGAGACGUAUUUGUUAACUCUGGGAAAGCUGAUGAACAUGUUUGCUGUACUGGACGCGUUGAAGAACUCUAAAGCUGGAAUAAACAAUGAUCUUUCGUUCUUCAGACGUGCCGAUGGAUACUUGAAGAGAGGCUCACAUGAUGCAGCAAUGCUAGUCGAGCUUCAAAAUUUGUCUCUCUUUUUUGGUACUCAAAACAAAGUCACCUCACUUUUAAAGGAGAAGCUAGAACCAGUCUUAGCAUUUGAAGAAGUGAUUGGAGACACAGUCAACAUGUGUCUACAGUUGUUUGAGAAUGAUAUAUAUCUUCUACCACAUGAGAAGCACAUGCUAUUGAAGGCUGUGGGAUAUGGUUUAGUUCUUAUUGAUGGUGGGAAGAGCAACAUUUACAAAUUAGAUACCAAGAAGAAGAUUAACAUUGCUCAUAUUGACAGAGCGUUCAAGACGUUGCCUGUUGUGCCUCUGUAUGGAGAUCUUCAGAUUGCUAUUUGCUCAUAUAUCAAGCAGUCAAGGCAUUACGAUUCAUCUCGAUGGACAUGCGUGACAGAUGCUGCUGAGGAGAAAGUCACAAUGAUGCAAUAUAAUCUUGUAGCAAAGAUGGACAUGGUUCGAGCUGAACAUGAACAGUACAGCAGUGAACUGGCACGAUUCAGUAAUGAGGUAGCAACUCUUGCCCCCACCACUCGCACAGACACACAGAACAGAGAACUGACAGAUCUUGCUCUUCGUGGCUUACAAAGACUUUCCAGUUGGACAGCUCACCUAACAGAGAUGUUCUCAUGGAAACUUCUUCACCCAACAGACAAGUAUUUGAACAGGGAAUGCCCAGAUGAUGCAGAGGAGUACGAAAGAGUGAUUCGCUAUAACUUCAGUUCUGCUGAAAAAUUUGCCUUUGUUGAGGUGAUUGCGAUGAUCAAGGGGCUCAUGUCUCUUAUGCUAAGGAUGGAGAUGGUGUUCAGUGAGGCAAUUCGUCGUUCAAUUCAUAGUGAAAUGCAGGAGUUUAUUCAAGUCACGUUGAGAGACCCUCUUCGAAGAGCAGUAAAACACAAAAAACAGAUGGUCAGAACAGUUUUAAUGGCUAUUCGGGAGACAUGUGUUGACUGGGCCAAAGGUGUUGAGCCACGUGAUGAUCCUUGUUUGAAGGGGGAAAAAGACCCAAAAUCUGGGUUUCAUGCUGACUUGCCAAGGAGACGAGUUGGGCCAUCAAGCACACAGCUGUACAUGAUUCGCACGAUGGUGGAGUCUCUCAUUUCGGAGAAAGGUGGUCGUAAAGUCCUCAGACAGGAUCUUAACCAGAGAGACAUUCCUGGAUUGGAGGCAUUUGUUCGACGAAGUUUCUUUUACAAACAUCUUCUUGACUUCAGUCGUGUGCUUCGUGAGUGUUGUGACUUGUCGCAGUUAUGGUUUAGAGAAUUUCAUCUUGAAUUGACGAUGGGCAAACGAAUACAGUUUCCUAUUGAGAUGUCAUUACCUUGGAUUCUAACUGACCAUAUUUUGGAGACCAAAGAACCAGCAAUGAUGGAGUACGUAUUGUUUCCUCUUGAUCUGUACAGUGAUAGUGCUCAUUAUGCUUUGCACAAGUUCAAGAAACAGUACCUAUAUGAUGAAGUGGAGGCCGAGGUCAACUUGUGUUUUGACCAGUUUGUGUACAAAGUCAGUGAACAGGUGUUUGUCUACUUUAAGACACAAGCCUGCAGUGUUCUUUUGGACAAACGUUUCCGCGCUCACUGUGCUAGUGGACCUGAAUCAGUCAAAGUUCCCUACCCUCAAUGCAAUCGAUACUCGACUAUUCUUAAACAGCGUCAUGUUCAAAUCUUGGGCCGUUCAGUUGAUCUCAAUCGUCUGAUUGCACAGAGAGUAAAUGCUGCUUUGCAUAAAGCCUUAGACUUGGCAAUUGCCAGGUUUGAAAGUGGUGAUCUCACUGGAAUUGUGGAGUUAGACACUUUGAUAGAAACCAAUAGACUGACUCAUGAAAUGUUGUCUGAAUACUUGACCCUUGAUCCGUUUGAUUCAAUGCUGAAAGAAGCAAACCAGGCUGUGUCAUCCCCCCAUGGACGAAUAACUCUACACUGCUUCUGGGAACUGAAUCAAGACUUUCUACCCAAUUUUGUGUACAACUCAUCAACGAACAGGUUUGUCAGAGCGAGAAUGUCAUUUGCUGAUGUUAAAGAGAGUCAGAGAGAACCACCACCAAAGGCUCAUCAUUAUUACUGGUACGGUAACAAGCAACUUAACCUGGCUUACAGUAGCUACUGUCAACUUUAUGGUCACUUCAUUGGAGAGCCACACUUCAUUGCUAUGACCAGGAUGUUGGGCUACCAGGGAAUUGCAAUGGUGAUUGAGGAGUUGCUCAAGGUUAUGGAUGGCUCAUUGAAUGGAACAAUCAAGAGCUAUGUGCAUGCAUUAAUGGAAGGAAUGCCCAAGAAAUGUAAAUUACCUCUAGCAGAUUAUGGCUCACCUGGUGUACUUGGUUUCUACCAUCUGAACUUGAAUCCUAUCCUUCAGUACAGCAACUUGAAGACUGAAGUGUUUCAAGCCUUCAAAGAGAUUGGCAAUGGUAUUAUCUUCUGUUUGCUAAUGGAACAGUGCUUGUCACAAGAAGAAGUUCUGGAUUUAUUACAAGCUGCUCCGUUUCAAGGAGUAUACCCAAGGCCAUUCGUCAAAGAGGGCCAGAAUGCUGAUGUAGUUCGACAGCAAGUGAUCAGACAAUAUGCAGCACUGCAGGUCAUUCCUGUCAUUGAACAGCUGGGAACUCCAACACAAAUUGAGACUGCCAAAGAAGGUCAUCUGCUAACAAAGGAACGACUGUGUCGUGGAUUGUCCAUGUUUGAAGUUGUGUUGCAUCGUAUUCAGUCGUUCUUGCAUGCCGAAGUUUGGAGUGGACCACCACCUGCUAAUGGUGUCAUGAAUGUUGAAGAAUGUACUGAGUUCUACCGACUGUGGAGUGCCAUACAGUUUGUCUACUGUGUCCCACCAUUUAGUCAAGCUGAGCUGACUGUUGAGGAGUGCUUUGGAGAAGGUUUACAGUGGGCUGGCUGUACCUUGAUUAUGCUACUCAACCAGCAGCGACGUUUCGAAGCAUUCGACUUCUGCUAUCAUAUCGUGAAAGUGCAGGAGAAUGAUGGAAAAGAUGAGACAGUACAAGGAGUGCCCUUGAAACGCUUAGUCGAACGCGUCCGACAGUACCAGCGUCUCAACAGACAGAUUUUUGCAUUGCUGAACAAGCACCUGCACAGUAGGCCAACCUUAGAUGCUGCAGAGAACAUCCGCUACUUCCAGCCACCUAUUCACGAGAAUUUUGUAUCGACUGUUUAAUUAAUAUAGCCAUGUUCACAUUCUUGUGACAUUUGCUGUCAUUUUCAUGUACACCGGAGGUGGCAUUUUGUUGUGAUAAGUUGAACCGAUGAACAGCCAUGUCAUUAGAUUUGAGUACACUCUAUUGACUUCUGUAUUAUGUGUGAUGUACAUGUACAUGGGGACGCAAUGAUACUGCAUGCUAUAGAUCGGAAAAGAAGUCUUCAUUCGCACAUUGUUUAUGUUUAAUUCGUUUUCUUUUCAAUUCUUGA